CGAACGGAGAGCAAACGUCCCGUUCGAGAACGUUUUGUGGCAACGUGUCCUACAGUACAAAUUGUUCCGGAACGUAGCAAACGUUCAAGAGAACUGAACGGCACCCACCGGUGUCGGUAAUUUCUCCCUACUUUCCUUUCGAUAAACAUGACGCACAAUUAUUCGUUCCAUAACAAGUCGACUCAUAGUCAUGACGGAGAACCUUUUAACAAAAUAGUUACUCUGCCCGUUAUACGUCUACAGAGAAUCAUAUAGGGUCCUUUUGUCAAAUAACAUAUCCUAACCAGAGGAUGCAUUGGAAAAUAUAUUGGUAUUGAUUAACUUUCGAUGUUUUAUUUCACUUGUCCUCCAACUCCUGUCUUGUCGCUAUGAGGCCACACGCCACGUUCCAUAUAUAAACACAUUAACCCCCAAGCUACUGCGUAAAGUUGUCUAGCUACUGCGUAAAGUUGUCUAGCUACUGCGUAAAGUUGUCUAGCUACUGCGUAAAGUUGUCUAGCUACUGCGUAAAGUUGUCUAUCUAAGCGAUCAAAAACAACAGCUGCUUCGUGAGUUACAGAGACGCUGAAAUACUAAGAACAGAAACGAAACGGCAUCAACACACCUCCUCCACACUCAACAAACGGAUGCUGCUAGUGAGAUGAGAGAGAGCGCAUCUCAUUCCCCUCUCCGUUUUUUGUACAGAUAGUAGUAAGCUGUGUAAGUGACGCAUAUAAACGUGCAUAAGUAGUUCUGUGCAUAUAUAAUAAUUAGGCUAUUUACUUUCGCUUUAAGCAGUAUUUAUAAAGUAGCCUAAUGUAUAUACCGUUAAAAAAAAGAGUUACUUUUUUACCGAGGCACCCAACCGUCUCCGAGUCCAAAAAAAUGCUUUGAGCUGAAGCGCAACAUCCGCCCGUUGCCAUCAUGAAGACAGGCUGCGGGGUCGACGUCUGACAACACGCUCUCUACCGUACGCCGGGCCCUGAUUGGAUGGAAUAACCACCUGUGACGUCAGGUGACCUCGAUUGAUCGCAGGAGGCGGAGCCUAGUGUCAACUCCGUGGAGUACACAGAGGGGUGACCUCAACCCCCUGAUCCUAACCCUCCUCUACUUCAGGACUACAACUUCUCCCUAAAGAACUACAACCCCCUGAGCUCCACAGGACUACAACUCAAUGUAUCCCUAAAGAACUACAACCCCCACAGAGAGUAUCACAGAGAAGGUGACCACCAUCACUAUGGACGUCACAACCCCCUGAUCUCAAACCUCCUCUGCUUCAGGACUACAUCUCCUCCCUAAAGGACUACAACUCAACGUCUCCCUAAAGGACUACAACCCCCAGGGUUCCGAGCGGAGCAGACAUGAACGCGGAGACCCAGGUGAAGUGUGUGCUGGUGGGGGACAGUGCUGUCGGGAAGACGGCCCUCCUGGUUCGCUUCACCUCAGAGACCUUCCCUGAGUGCUACAAACCGACUGUGUAUGAGAACACUGGAGUGGAGGUCUUCAUGGACGGGGCUCCGAUCAACCUGGGUUUGUGGGACACGGCAGGAAAUGACACGUUCAGACAGAUCCGUCCGAUGUCCUAUCAGCAGGCGGAUGUGGUCCUGAUCUGCUACUCUGUGGCCAACGCCGCCUCCCUCGCCAGCGUCAAGCACAAGUGGCUGGUAGAGGUGCGUGACAACCUUCCCCGUGUCCCGGUGCUGGUGGUGGCCACCCAGACGGACCAGCGUGACUCCGGGCCUCACAGCGCCUCCUGUUCCUCCGCUGCCGAGGGCAAACGCCUCGCUCAGGACAUACGGGCCAAGGGAUACCUGGAGUGCUCGUCGCUAAGCAACCGUGGCGUGCAGCAAGUGUUCGAGUGUGCGGUGAGGACAGCGGUGAACCAGGCCAGGAAACGGACGCGCCCGCGGAUGUUUGAUAUCAACAGCUGCGUGGUGUUUUGACCUCUGAACCUUUUUUUCGGGGGGGGGCCUAGGUUGGGGUGGUGCUGGGAGGAUACUGAAGCCUCUAACUACUGCUCUGGGAUCAGGUCUCGGGGCCAGUGGCGACUCAGACUUGGACUCAUCACCAGGGACUUGAGACUGGUGGGUUAGUGACUCGACUACAUCACUGUGUCUGACUUGAACUGUUCGAGGUCCUGUUUCGGGGAACUGAGGUCCUGUCUGACCCCAGGAAUUGUGGUUUUGGGGGAACUGAGGUCCUGUCUGACCCCAGGACCUGUGGUUUUGGGGGAACUGAGGUCCUGUCUGACCCCAGGACCUAUGGUUUUGGGGGAACUGAAGGUCCUGUCUGACCCCAGGACCUAUGGUUUUGGGGGAACUGAAGGUCCUGUCUGACCCCAGGACCUGUGGUUUUGGGGGAACUGAGGUCCUGUCUGACCCCAGGAUCUAUGGUUUUGGGGGAACUGAAGGUCCUGUCUGACCCCAGGACCUGUGGUUUUGGGGGAACUGAGGUCCUGUCUGACCCCAGGACCUGUGGUUUUGGGGGAACUCUUGUUUUCAUUAUCCCUGACAAGAGGAACCGCCCCUGUCGUGACAUUUAUCCCUGACAAGAGGAACCGCCCCUGUCGUGACAUUUAUCCCUGACAAGAGGAACCGCCCCUGUCGUGACAUUAUCCCUGACAAGAGGAACCGCCCCUGUCGUGACAUUAUCCCUGACAAGGUGUUUUUUUGUUUGAAUUCUUAUUUCAGUUCACAAUAGAAGAAAACAAUACAAGUCGAUAACAACUAUUUCCGUUCUCCGUCUAUAGAUGUUAAAAGUUCUCCUUUUGUAACGGUUUUCCAGCUCAGGUUUGUCCGUUUCCUUUGUUAAAUAAAUGUUGCCCAACAGUGUGCCUGAACAUAAUUCAUAAAUCAAUAAAUGUUGCCCAACAGUGUGCCUGAACAUAAUUCAUAAAUCAAUAAAUGUUGCCCAACAGUG